AUGUGUUGGUCGAAGAAAGAAAAGCUGUCAGUAGCAACUCGAGCUCCUGUCCAGCAGUACAAUGAAAAAGUCACUCCUGAAAAUCAGACUAGAAGUAAAAAAAAAGAUGAUAAGGGAACAAAAAGUGAAACGAAAGGAUUGAAGGAAAAUGGACAUAUGAAGAAGAUUAGUGAACCGGAGAAAACUCCCAGUGAAUCGGAAAAGAAAUCAGGUGAGAAAGAAAACAGUGAGAAAGAAAAGGAAGGCAAAGAUAAAAAAGAAGCAGAGGAUGAAAAAAGAAGUGAUAAUGAAAAGAAGGAAAAUGAUAAGGAAAACGAUGAGAAAGUCUCACAGAAGAAGAAAUUAGUGAUAAAGGUGCCAACAGCAGUUAAAAAAGCCGAUGCUGAAGAUCCGCAGUAUCAGACACUUGCUGGCUUAAAUGAUGAUUUAUUUGGUACGACAAAUUUGGAUAAACCAAAAAAGAAGCUGGUUAUAAAAGCACCAAUCGGUUUUAAAAAGGCAAAAUCAGAAGAUCCACAAUAUCAGGUGGUAUAA